UGAUUGACCAGCUCUGCGAUAACACCUUCUGCCGCCUUGAUAAAGCUCUUUCAAUAGGGAGCCGCGUCAGUGAUCGCGGACCUAUCGCCCGACCAACAUGAUGAUCUCGUGCAAAUCACUGGUGCCGCUGUUGGCACUGGUGCUUGCCGUGGCCGCUGGACAUGGGAAGUCGAAUCGGAAAAUUUCAACGGCGGAAUACCAGCUGCCGAAAAGUAUCAAACCAAAUUUUUACGACAUUCAAAUCACCCCCUUUUUUGACCGAGCCCCCGAGGAGGGUCUCAAGUUUAGAUUUAUUGGAGUGGUGAAAAUCGACUUGGAAGUAUUAGAAUCAACAAACUUAAUCCGCUUGCAUGCUCGCGACAUGACUAUCACACAAAACAACGUCACCCUUGCUCUCGCCACCGAUCCAAAUCAGGUUUUGGAAACAUCUUCCGUCCAGCAGAGUGGAAAUGACAAACACUUUUUGGACAUUGCGGUGGCAACAAAUUUUGACGUAGGAACAAAGCUGGUCCUGACAAUUAACUACAUCGGAAAUCUAAACGACGAUUUGGAUGGAUUUUACCGCAGCUCCUAUGUUAAUUACCGAGGCGAAAUAACGUGGUUGGGUGUGACGCAGUUUUCACCCACUGGCGCCCGCAGAGCUUUUCCAUGUUUUGACGAGCCGUCUCACAAAGCAAAGUUCACCAUACACGUUGCUAGAGAGCCGCUGAAGGUCGUGACAUCCAACAUGCGUGUUGCGGCCGCCAACAGACCAGUAGGAGGACUCGAUGGAUGGGUGUGGGUAGACUUUGAGCAGACUCUGCUUACGCCUACGUUCGUGGUCGCAUUCACAGUGCACGACUUUGGUUAUGUCCAGUCCGAAGUGGAUGACAGAUUCAGGAUUUAUGCUCGAGCCGAGUUGGUGGAGCGUGCCACUGGAUAUGCUCUUGAAAUGGCGCCCAAAAUUUUGCAGUACCUAGAACACUUCACCAAUUUCAGCUAUGAUGAAUCAAUGAAACUUGAUCAGUUAGCCAUUCCCGAUUUUGCCCCGAAUGCAAUGGAAAACUGGGGCCACAUUAAUUACAGAGAGGUUGCUCUUCUGUACGACAAUUUUUCCACCUCGGCAACCAGCAAGCAAAAAACAGUGACCGUAAUGUCCCACGAAAUAGCUCAUUUUUGGUUUGGAAACUUGGUCACUCCUGCUUGGUGGAACGAAGUCUGGUUGAAAGAAGGUUUUGCAACCUACUUCCAAUAUUUCGCUGCAGAUAAAUUUGAAAACCUUUUUCAACUGGAGCAAGCCUUCGUCGGCGACGAGCUGCAACCCGUUCUUCUCUACGACUCUAGAGCACUUUCGCACCCUUUGAGUGGCGAGGUCGAUAGCCCUGCCUCGAUCCUCUCAGGAUUUGAUAGCAUCGCGUAUAACAAGGGUGGUGCUAUCAUGCGAUUCUUGACUGCCAUUCUUGGAAAGGACAAUUUUGAAAAAGCAAUCAAGCAUUAUGUGGACAAAAAUAAAUACGGAAGUGUCACAAAAGAUUCAUAUUGGGAAAGCCUGAGUACACAGCUCCCUCCUAACACAUUGCCAGACGGUGUUAAUUUGAGCGAAGUAAUGGACACUUGGGCCACUCAGCCUGGAUUUCCUGUGAUAACUGCUUCCAGAAAUUACGAAACAAAAGAAAUCACAUUUUCCCAGCAAAGAUUUUAUUCGUCUGGAAAAGAUAUGAAUAGUACUGAAGAAUGGUAUGUACCCAUAACUAUGGUCCGAGAGUCAGGAAACGCAAACUGGCAAGACCUGUCGAUCAAAGGUUGGCUAGUGCCCACCGAAAACCUAACUCUGACCGACAACCUUCCCAAUAAUACAGAGUGGAUCGUGUUGAACCCGCGACAAACAGGCCUUUACCGCGUCAAUUACGACCAGAAAAAUUGGGAACUGAUCUUCGCUACCUUGAAUCACAAUGAUAAGUGGAGAAUAAUCCUAGACAUCAAUCGGGCGCAACUGAUCGACGACGCGAUGGCUUUAGCUCGCGCCAAACAUUUAUCUUACGAAACCGCGCUGGCCACGACCGAAUACCUGACCAUCGAAACCGAAUAUCUGCCUUGGAGCACCGCCUUCAAGGCUUUUAACUUCAUAGGUGACCGGCUUGUGGGCAUUCAGGACGAGAGGGCCGUAUUCUAUCCGUUAUACGUUACAAACAAGUUAUUGCAUCUGUACGAUGAAGUGAACGGCUUUGUAAUUAACGAUAACGAUGGCCUCGUAGAGAGAAAGAAAAGGAGUCUAGCUUUGAAUUGGGCUUGUCAUUUGGGGCACCAAAACUGCACAGCCGAAGCUUCCACUAAAUUCCAGGAGUGGAAAAGUAGGCCAGCACCGGAUUACCAAAACCCCGUCCAUCCUGAUCUGAGAAGUGUGGUUUAUUGCCACGGCAUUAAAACGGAAGCGGACUUUGACUUUUUGCUCGAACGUUACGCUCGAGCACAAAGCUCACCGGCGGAGAUGAAAACGAUUCUCGCCGCCCUCGGCUGCGCUCCGACGGAAGAACUGCUCGAAAAGUUUUUAAACGAAACGGCGAAAACAGAGGGAUCGAUAAUCCGGUCGCAAGAUUCGAGAGAUUCCUUCGCUGCUGUUAUCAACAACCCUGUAGGCGUGGAGGUCGCUCUCAAUUUUCUGGUCACUCGCUACGACGACAUUAAGCUAACGUACCAGUCGUUCGGCUCGCUGGGCAGCCUCUUUUCGAUGAUAGCCUCUAAGCUGAAUACCGAAGAUCAAAAAGCUAAGCUCGAGCAAUUCUUGGUGGAUUAUCCAAACGAGGAGGACGUCAAGCCGGUCGUGCAGUCCAGCAUCGCGACCGUGGACGAGAAUAUUGAAUGGCUGCUCGAUCAUAAGGACUCGGUGCUGAAUUUCUUUCAGGCAAAAGGCGCGAACGCAGCGUCCAUCACCGUCAUUUCUCCAUUUCUAGUCAUUUUAGUUGCAAUUUUUACUAUGUCGACGUAACAUAAGUAUAUAGUGCACUAAAUUCAUGUGAGCAUUUAAUUUAUUUUAUCGUAUUUGGGAUAAGUAAAGACAUUUCUGAUGGAUUCUUGCUUAUUAAAAGGUAAAAAUGUAGAUGUUAAAAAUCCAAAAAUUGGUUUGCUUGAUCAAUAAUAUUUUCCUCUUAAACCUAUUUUCUGGAUACCAAAAAUAUGUAAUUGUAUUUUCCUGCAACAACGCUUUUGAUGUAUUUUCAGGAGGCAACAUUGCAGCCAAUUAAUAAUAACAAGUUCUCUGUAAGGUAUCAAAUAAUGUUAGCGCACAUAAUAAAAUUCAUUGCACUUAAUCAAAAAA